CCAUCUUGCCCUGGUUGUGACCCCGCCUGUCAGGAGGAGGAGGCGCUGCUGUCGGAGAUGGACGUGACGGGCCAGGCCUUCGAGGACAUGCAGGAGCAGAACCUGCGGCUGCUGCAGCAGCUGCGCGAGAAGGACGACGCCAACUUCAAGCUGAUGUCGGAGCGAAUCAAGGCCAACCAGAUCCACAAGCUCCUCCGCGAGGAGAAGGACGAGCUGGCCGAGCAGGUCCUGGCCCUCAAGGCCCAGGUGGAGGCGCAGCUGCAGGUGGUGCAGAAGCUGGAGGAGAAGGAGCGGGGCCUGCAGAGCGCCCUGGGGGCCGUGGAGAAGGAGCUGGCCCUGCGCUCGCAGGCCCUCGAGCUGCACAAGAGGAAGGUGAGCGGGCACGGGGGGGGCACAGGUGUGCCCAGGUAACCCCAGGUGUGUCCCAGGUGCCCCCAGG